UUAGUUGGUCUCACUUGUCACCAAAAUAGGGGAAGGAAACCGAACAAGCUUGACAAACCAGUCUGUUUGCAUAGCUCAUCAUUAUACAAGGAAAGAACCAAACUGUGGCUUUUAUUAGUUUGAAACAGCAGCACAGCAGAGAACAACUUUGACGACCUUUACAAGUGGAAUAUUAUGAAUGUUAUCACUUUUCUUAUCAUUUCUUUAUUGUUCCUUGACUUGAAACCUGAGUGUGCUUGUGUGUGUGUCUGCACUUGUUGCGCAUAACAGCACCACCCUCUCUACUGCUAUAGGACUGCUCACCGUUCAAGGUUCAGAGAGAUAACUAGGAGAAAAGCGUUACCAUGGGUAGUGGGAAGACGCAACUGUUUUUAUGUCUCCUGCUCGGCUGCCUGUUUCAAUGCUCGGCUGGGUUUGUGUUUUGGACUGCCGUGGUGGAAAUUAGCUACCUCAACAGCCACAAUGAGACUACAGACAAGUACUGCGAGUGCGGGGUGUUUGGACGAAACGCUGCCGUAGAAAGGGCACACGGUAUCGUCACUUUGCCCAGAGGAGAUCCGAAAGGGUGCGGGCCAGAUCCAGUUUACAACCGAAACGCCAGCUCUCCGGCUUGGAUCGCCUUGGUGAAACGGGGAAACUGCACCUUCAGUGAGAAAAUCCAAGCAGCUACACGUCAAGGAGCAUCCGCUGUCGUGAUCUACAAUUUUGACGGCAGCGGGAACACGACCACGCACAUGUCCCAUCCAGAAACCACCGGCGCUGUGGCCAUCAUGGUCGGGAAUCUUCAAGGUAUGGAGAUUGUGAAAUUGCUUCAAAACGGCACUGAAGUUCUAAUGCUAAUUGAAGUCGGUAGCCCGCAUGGACCUUGGAUGGACACUUACUGGCUCUACUUCUUGUCUAUUGCUUUCUUUAUCGUCACGACGGCUUCGAUUGGGUAUUUCGUGUUUAUCUCCGCUAACCGUUUGUACAGCUUACGAAUGCACAGGCGAGCUGAGCGAAGACUGAAAUCCGAAGCUAAAAAGGCCAUCCAACGCCUGCAAGUGCGCACCCUAAAACGCGGCGAUGAGGAGACCACGUCGGAGAUCCUGCUGUGCGCGGUUUGCAUCGAAUCGUACAAAGUCGGCGACGUGGUUACCGUGCUUACAUGCGAUCACAUCUUCCACAAAGCGUGCAUCGAGCCGUGGUUGCUGGAAAAAAGAACCUGCCCGAUGUGCAAGUGCGAUAUUCUCAAAGCCCUAGGAGUGGAGGAGGAAUGUAAAGACGCUUUUAACCACAACUCGCCACCAGAGGUCACUGUGAUAACCGUGGCGGGAGGAGAGGCGAUGUAUGAAGUCCCCCUAACAGACGCAGCUAGCCCACAGCACUAUGACAACAGAGCCUUUGAGGAGGAACCGUCCAGGGGAUAGUUAGCGAGCAGAGGAAACAAAACAAAACAACAACCAGCUAUAAAGACUGUGGAGAUUUUAUGGUUUGAAUAAGACUCAAAAAAUGGGACUAAAACACCAGUCAAAAACAUAAAAAAUUGAAAAGUAGCUGAAAUGUGACUGUAUGUUGAUGAAAUGGGACAUAAUGAGUGAGAUAUUUUAAGCAUUUAUUUUAACUACUGAUUUUACUUUGCAGAGAAAUACACAACUACCAAAACACAAUCUCUAAACUGAAUAAAUGUAGCAAAAUAUUUCACGCUAUUCACAGUUUAAGUUGAAAUGAAUGGACUUUUCUAUUCUAUUGUUAAACACUGAUGUAGGGUUAAACCAGGACUGCACAAUCUAUGCACUCAUCCAGAACUACUUUGAAUAUUUUACCUAAUAUGGAAAUGACCUGUUAAAGAAUGCACUAUUAUGUAGCAUGUACCUCACUGGGACCAAAAUGUAAUAGUAAAGAUUGUUUAGUAAUACGAAUUUGACUUGAUUUGUUUUGGUUUUCAGUUAAAAAUAUUGAGUUACCCAUUACUUAUUCAUGGUUAUAUGUUCAAGUUUAUAUGCAGCAUUUUGAGGACUUUUUCCCAUUGAAAAGACAAUAUUUUGUUCUUAAAUUAUGUUAUGUUCUUAAUUGCUAUGGCAACAGUCCUAAUUUCUCAUUAUUUUAAAACCAGUGGAUACAUGUCAUACCGUACAUGCAGUUCUCUGUGAUAAGAUGACAGAAUAAAUAGAAUACUUUCUGUCAUGUACUGUGCAGUCCUGGCUUUUCCCUGUUCCUUGUUGUGAGUACAAACAUGGGGUGUGUUCAUAGUCGAGCUCGUCCGACCCGCUUGAGGCAAGUGUGCCCUGGAUGCUGCGUGGUUUCGCAUAUCUGUUUUGCAUCUAGGGCCUUGGUUAGCUACUUCGGUCAUUCUGCAGUGAAAGCUCCUGUACCUGUCUGAAGACUUGCAAAACAUAACCAAAACAGCUUAGAAGAUUUGCCUCCCAGUCACUUAAACUCACACCGUAUGAGACUGAGUCAUUUAUGGUGUGCUUGUACUUGUAUUAAAGUAGGGAAGCAUUCACGCCCUGCUUAUGAACACACCUCAGACUGGAAAAACUACAUUGCACUAUGAACUAACCUCGAGGGCUGAAAUCUUGACAGCAACGUGACCAAACGUGAUUCUUGGUUUUAGAGCUCGAGGUUCUUUUGGGAAUUAUGCAGUGCCUUGACUUGAGGAAUUGAAUCUUCUCAUGACUCAAAACUACCAAGGCUAUGUUCACAUUUACAGGAUUUAAUGCCUUUAAUUAUUUGUUUAGAAUUCUUGAGUGUGUUAUAGAUAAGUCAAAAGUAUACGAAUCAAUAAUAAAACUACUAUCAAAACGUGAUACGUUGAGCAGGUAUCGAUACUGAAAAACAAUAACACAAUUUGAACUUUACUUGAACAAUUUUCGAAUGAUCUUAGGACCACAAGGUGACAUAUAGAAAACAUAAUUAUUUUCAGUUGAUAAUUACUUUCUAUAGUCUAAAAAAUAAGUGUUUUUAUUAUUAUUGUACUAUCAAAAUGUGUAUAUAGUAUCAAGCUUAUUUCUUAGUAUCAAAAUCAAGUUGGAUUUUUUUUGUAUCAUGACAACUCUAGUUUGCAGUGGAGUUGUCACAAUAUGAACAAUUCACACUUGAUUUUUGAUACCAUUAUGUUAAUAAAAACAUAAUUUUUUUGCAAUAGAAUGCAAUUUUCCACAUAAAAUAGAAGUAUUUUUUUAAAUAUUACCACGUGGUCUUAUACUAGUUGUGAAAUAGACCAAGAUCAUUAAAACUUAUAAGGGAAAAUUUAUUGAUACCUGCUAAAUUAAGUAUCUAGUUUUAAUUGUAAUUUAAUAUUGAUUACUACCUGGGACGGACAUGUCUUGGAGACCCUUGCCUUAACUAGACCCAAAGAUUGUAAGCUAGACAAGAGCGAACUUACUGUACAUCCUGGUUGGUAUCGUGCCUAUGCAGAGUCAUGGUAUCUGUGAUUAUUUGUUUAUUCAAAAGACAUUCAACUUCAGCUUCGUAGAACUGAAAGAACACUGCUUGUUUUGUAAUCUGCUUUUACUAUGUUCAUUCGUUUAAAAAAUCAUCUCCUUUGUCAAACAUGGACAAUAAAUAUUCACAAUCUUGCGCAAUAUCAAUAUAUUAAUAUCAGUUUGAUCUGUGCUAUUCUUCAUUGUGAAAUGAAAUUGUGUUAUUGUGAACAUGCCCAUUUGAUUUUAUUAUUAUUUCUGGAACAUUCCAGCAGUUGACUGUCAUAGGAGGAGCACUGAUGGACCAAGAAUAAUGACUCAUAGACUCGUCUUGAUCCUCACACUGAUAAUUUUAUCAAUCACUUGUAAAUAUUCUUGUUGUGUACAUAAACCUUUGUUUUUUUGCUGCUCGAUUGCACUCGCCACAGUCUCAACAGGUCUUCCAUGUUUGUAGUUCUGAAUUAUUUGAAGUUUCUUAAAUCUCCAGUCUACCUCUACAAGCUCUCACAAAGAAAUGGGAUCCUCUGUCCUUCCUUCUGUGUUUUUGCUUGCAGGGUAAAAGCUGAUCGUUGUGCAUAUAUUUUUCUACACUGAUUGAGUCUCAUGAUAUGGUUCUGAGGAGUCUUGUGCUGCUCUGUACAAAUGAAUGUCGGAUAUUGUAUGAAAUCACAUUGAUGCUUAUUAGAAUGCAAUAAAUUCCUCAAAAUGAGGCAGACUUUGAAAA